AUGUCGCUGUCGAAGCAAGUCGCCGGUGCAGCUAGCCCCGAUCUGAGGGGCACCGGAAGCGGGAAGGCUGAAAUGUGCGAGUGGACUGGAGUCAGCUUGACUGCCGCACCGGCAAAGAAGAAACUGUCAGUGCUGAUCGUGGACGACGACUCGACGAUCCGCACCAUCCAUACCAUCCUGGUGAAUAGGGUGGGCGUGGAAGUGGAAUCUAAACUGGCUGAAAAUGGGAAAGUGGCGGUGGAUCUGUUCCGCGCUGGAGAAUCCUUUGAUCUCGUUCUCAUGGACUGGGAGAUGCCCGUCAUGAACGGCAUUGAGGCAACAAAGGAGCUGCGGAACAUGGGAGUCAGCAGCAUGAUCGUGGGAGUGACGUCGCACUCCAUGGAUACCGAGAAGGGCACUUUCAUGGCGGCUGGUCUGGAUGAUUGCUAUGGAAAGCCACUGUCGAUCAAGAUCCUCAAGAACAUCCUCCAGAAGAUGAAGAUCGACGACUGA